UGCAGCCAUCAUACAAUUAUUUAUUUGUUUAAUAAAUGUAAGUCAAUAUUUGUUGUUGCCAUACAUAUAAUCUUAAUUAUAUAUCUGUAGAAGGAACAUAGUAAAGAAAGUGCAACUAGCAAUUUCAAAUUGCAUAAUAAACGUAAGGCGAUUUAACCAGCAACUCGAGGUUGUAUACUUAUACUUAAAUACUGUACACUUGUAUAAUUUGACAAUUUCCUUAUGGUAUUGGUCAUGUUUGCCAAAACUGAUAUGAAUAUCUAGGCGUGUUCUCGGUGCUGUCAUGCGGAUACUGAAGAACUGCGCACCAUAACAUUUAUGGAUCAAUCGUGUCAUAUCAGUAUGGAUCAACUUAUUUCAAAUGAGUUCUAAUUCGUGACGUUAGGGUACUAAAUUGUUCGAUAUCCAGGACAAUAUAAUGACCAGUAAAUGCCAUGAAAUGACCCCUGGUGGGAUCACUCCAGUUCAGCAGAUGGUGUCAUCUUGCUCAGGAGCAAUCCUCACCUCACUCCUCGUUACACCUUUGGAUGUUGUGAAGAUCAGACUUCAAGCACAACAUAAUCCAUUUCUCAAAGGCAGAUGUUUUGUCUACUGCAAUGGCCUCAUGGACCACUUAUGUCUGUGUGAAAACGGCAACUCGAAAGUCUGGUACAAGGCUCCUGGUCAUUUCAGCGGUACACUGGAUGCCUUUAUUAAAAUUAUACGACAUGAAGGAAUCAAGUCCCUCUGGAGCGGUCUCCCUCCAACCCUCGUGAUGGCCGUCCCGGCGACUGUGAUCUACUUCACAUGUUAUGACCAGCUGUGUGUGGCCCUGAAGGCCAGGAUGGAGGGCCAAACAGAGAUGGCUCCUCUCUUUGCUGGAGCUAUCGCUAGAGUAGGCUCGGUGACGGUGAUCAGCCCCCUGGAGCUGAUCCGCACCAAGCUCCAGUCUCAGAAGCAGUCCUACAGGGAGCUGGGCGCCUGCAUCCGCACGGCGGUGGAGAGCGCCGGGUGGCUGUCUCUGUGGAGGGGCUGGGGCCCCACGCUGCUCAGGGACGUGCCCUUCUCCGCCAUGUACUGGUACAACUACGAGAAGGGGAAAGCCUGGCUGUGCGAGCGGAACAACACCACAGAAGCCACGUUUGCCAUCACCUUCCUCUCCGGGGCUGCAUCUGGUGCUAUUGCCUCUAUAGCUACUUUACCAUUUGACGUGGUCAAGACUCGACGGCAGGUCGAGCUUGGAGAGUUACAAGCACUGAAUUUGUCAUUGUGCAAGAGCUCCAGCUCCACAUGGAGCGUGAUGAGCAGGAUCGUGGCCGAGAGCGGCCCUCGCGGACUGUUCGCAGGCUUCCUGCCCAGGCUCAUCAAGGUGGCCCCGGCCUGCGCCAUUAUGAUCAGCACCUAUGAGUUUGGGAAGGCCUUCUUCCACAAGCAGAACCAGGAGACCGGACUGUUUCGGCUUCAGCCUGGCAACAGCUGAUUCGCCCCCGCUCCUCAGUGCAUUUGCUUGACUGAUGCAAAGCCCAUGUGAGCCCAUGUUGCCUGAGCUGGUCCUUUGCAAGCGAGUGCCAAAAGAAAACUAUUGCAUAUAUUUAGAUUGGUUUUGUUAAUGAAUGACAGGUAUAUUUAUCAUGAUUUGACGAUCAAUGCAUACCAGUUAAGAGUCCUUCUGAGUCGGGUAUGAUGCAAGCUGUGAUUUAUGUAGACUAGUUGAUGCAGACUAAAGAACCUCCCAUUUCCCUGGAGAACAGGGAAAUAGGGCAAUGGCAACAAGCAGUGAGAGCAACCAUAAAUGGUUGCUCUCACUGCUUGUUGUCAAUGCCCCAUUUCCUUUGAUAUAUGGGGGAGUGGAAGGGGCAGACGUUAUGAAGAUACCACUGGACCACACGGUCCAUUAUGAGCACACGUCUUUGAGUCUCAUUCUAUUUUCCAAAUCUGAUUAGGUUUAAAUUAAAUAAAUGUGUUUUUCUUUACUCAAGAUGUUUACAUUUCUAAUUUUUAACACAUAAUAAAUAAGCAAAGUAUAAUUUCAAUAUGUAAUUGAACAUAACAGAACAUAAACGUGUUUAUCCCAGAAUGGGCUAAUCAUAUUUAUAAUGAUAAAAUAGUAAGGAAUCAAUAUCAUA